GUUUAUAAUGUAACUUUUUAUUAACCUUGGAAUUGAAUUUUUUCAUUUCCUUGAAUUAUAUUUGUUAACGUCAUCGUGAGAACUGAUUCGAAUAAAUAACAAUAAUUACUAAAGACUAAUCAAUAAAUAAUUCUUAGGUACAAAAAGUUUAAGAAAAUCGCAAUUAAAACUGUCCUUAAUCAUCAAACUUUGAGCCUAUAUAAAAGCAAUGGUUUAAUUACAUUUACCGGUUAGUAUAUUAGGACACUAUAAGUCGUUCAAAUCUCAUUUGCAUAUUAUUCGAACUAUUUGGAGUUACUAUUUGACCGGUUCAUUAUUUGUUCGGUAGAAAUGGCAAAUUCUCUGUACACCUCCAUUAUUAUUAUAGUUUAUUGUGUGAAUAAUAUUUUUUCAGAACUGAAGCCUAUACCUGAUUACUUACAUAUUUGUCACCGCUCAAAUCCAGACAUUCCAAAAUGUAUUAUAGAUUCAGCGUAUUUUUUACGAAGCAAACUUGCAGAAGGAAUUCCCGAACUCGGCGUCGCCUCUAUGGACCCAAUGUUAAUUAACACUCUUAUUCCAACGAAUGGGAACGGGCUGAAAAUAGAGACCAAAAAUUUAUUAGUGACCGGAACCAAAAAUUUUACACUUAGUCAUCUUAAAGCUGACAUAGACAGACAGAAGUAUAUUUUCCAAGUGAGAUUCCCUCACAUGCACGUACUCGGUAAUUACAGCAUAGACGGGAAAAUCGCGAGGAUGGUCAUCAAAGGACAAGGAGAUUUCGAUUUGGACAUAUAUGGAGUGAAAUGCAAUGUAUCGCUACUGGGAAACGUAAUCGAUAUCGAUGGUUUGAAUUACAUACGUUUCCAUCAUAUAUCGCUUAGAAUUGCAAUAAGCAGAGGAAGUAUAGAACUAAGAAAUUUGUUUGGCGGUGAUAAACACUUAGGUAAGUGAUUAUUGAAUUGAUUAUACAAUAAUCUGUAAGUUGCACAACCCAUGGAGUGGGCAAAACAAAAAAAUACCGAAUGCGCAUUAAAUAGUUUUAAAUAUUUUAUUAAAUCUUCGAAUAAUAAGUUAUUUAUAAAACUAAACUCAUACAAGAUAUUAUUCUAAACGUAUUAACAUAUUGGUAUAAAAGAAAACCACAUCAUUAUAUAAACUGAAAAAAUACAAAACACGAGAGUACAUGAUAAUAAAAACAAAUAUGUGCUAUCAAUUAAUACUGAAAUAAACCAAAAAUUAAGUACCUAACUUAAAUCUUACUUAUAACUAAUCUUUAGUAUUGAUUUUCUCUUAGG